AUGACGACCAACAACGACCACAACGCCAAUGACUCUUUAACUUCCCUAAAUGCCUUGCUCAGACGUACAGCCUCUUCCCAACCUCUCAACCUCUCGCAGUCGGAUUUACAACUCAUCCCUACAUCUUUGUCAAGCUCGAACAGAGAAACCAAGUCCAUCUCCCUCAUUAUCUUAUCUAAAUGGUCCAAUCAAUUCAACCCCAAAUAUGAUAACUCCAAGGAUCAUGAGGAAACCCACCGACCCUCUUCCCAAGAUUUGAUCCCAACCCUUCGACCAUUUUUACUCUCCACAUUCUCCGAAGACAGACCUCCAGAAGAAUAUAUCCCUUUCACUUGUCUCAUCUCUCAUCUAUACCCUCUUCACCCUGCAACAUGUACCGACAUACUCACCACUUCGACCUUCGAAAGUGAAGCCGGUAAAGAAGAUGCUUUGAGCGUUUUACUCGAAGCUGCCGAAUUACCCUCUUCCCUUCAACUCGCAUUAGCCGAAAUGUUCGUCCAUGCCACAUCUACAAAAUCGGGAAGAGAAUUGAUACGUUCCCGUGCAUUGGAUUGGUUAAAAGGAGGUAUGACAAUGGGAUCUGAAUUAGGAGUUUUAUGUUCUGUAUCACUUGCCAAAUUAUCAAGUGCUGAUCGUGAUAUCCAACCCACUUCUACAACUACAUCAACCGAAUCGGAUAAUUUGGAAAUUGACGAUGUGGAGAUAUGUGAACGGAUGAUUUCUCUCAUUCAAUCUUCUCCUUCUUCUUCUUCCAUCUUAUCAGAAACAUUAGAAGGUAUCUCCAUACUUUCUCUCAGACCUCAUAUCAAAAAUCUCCUUUCUCACAAUGAUAAAUUCCUCAAAUCACUCAUUUCUUUAUCACCCAUCCCAACGCCAAAAGGAGGUAGUUUGCCUCUUGUCCCUAGAGGUGAAAUGAAUAAUGAGGUGAAAUCUGAUCUUGUGGAUUCAGGUAUUUGUUAUGGUAUCACUACCAUUCUUGUCAAUCUUACCAAUCCAAAGAGGAAUUUAACGGAAGAAGAAGAACAAAUCAAAAAACUUCGUUCUAUGGCAGUUGGGAAGAAAGUGGAACUGGAAUUGGACCCAAUGGUAGAAAUGGAGAUGGUUAAGGAAAGAACUAAGAAAGUGAUUGAUAAUGGUGUUGUCAAUGCUUUAAGUGGAUUGAUACGUGCAGAGAGUAAACUUGUAAAGGAAAAUCUAGGAAGAUUAUGUUUGAAUCUUGUGGAAGAUGUAAAGAAUAGAAGUUUGUUUUUGAAAGAUGGAGGAUAUAAAGUUUUAUCAAGUUUAAUUAGGGAUUUGAUACCUCCUUCUUUGGUUGUUUACGAUCCCAGUUUGGAUUCUUCAACAAAUACCAAAGCACAAGACUCUCAAGACAAGUCUACUUCCUUGACAAAUGAAUCCACUUUGAAAGAUGAAGUAAACGAAAAUGUUGGAUUGACAAAUACGAACCACGCAACUACGAAGAUAGUUGAAAGUAUUGAAGAAGAAUAUGAUAUAAUACCAGCUAUACAAGCAAUGGCAAAGAUGAUAAUAACAACACCACCUCAAUUACUUUUCACUCCUCCUUAUCAAACCACCUCCCUAGAUGCUAUUUCACCACUUUGUAGAUUAUUACUGGAAUCAAAUACGUUAUUACAAUUCGAAUCUUUGAUGGGAUUAACGAAUUUAUCUUCCAUUUCUACAGAACAUUCAACAAGAAUAUUCUAUUCUUUCGUAUUUCCUUCUCAUCCCUCCAAACCUUCUCAUUCCUCUUCUCUCCCAUCCUUAUCUCAAAAUGAUCCCCCUUCUUCUGAUCAAAUCCAAAGGAAAAACUCCACGAACUAUUCGUCGGCAAGACAGAAUGGAAGUGGGAAAGAGAGCAGCGGAAUGUUUUCAUCCCCAGUCACACCAACUCGAAUCCUUACGAAGAUAGAAGAAUUAACGAUCGACCAUAAUACCCUCAUCCGUAGAGCGGCAACACAACUCGUAUGUAAUUUAGUUUCAUGUGAAAAAGCCUUUGAAGCGUGGAGUGGGGAAGAUGGUAAUUUUAGGUCAAAAGAGAGAUUGAACAUUUUGGCAGUUUUGAGUAAUGGGGAUGAUUUAUCAACGAGAUUAGCUGCGGGAGGAGCAUUGGCGAUAUUGACAGAAUCGAGGGAAACGUGUAAGAGGUUGUUAGUGAUGAAUGGGAGGAAUAUUUGGGAGAGAGUGUGGGAAAUGAUGGGGUUGGAGUAUGAAGAGGAUGGUUUUGACUCUACUACGGAGAUGGAAGUGGGUAUCGAAAAUCCGAACGAAAAUCGCGAAGGAAACAAGACUGAGAAAGGAGAGAAGGAGAAGGAGAAGGAGAGGGAGAGGGAGAAUGAGCAAGAUGAGGGUUUGAUAUUGAGAGCAAUAGUGAUCAUUUUGAAUUUACUCAAUCACGUCGUAUCUCUUUCAAUGAAAGAACAGAACGAACAAAUUACCCAAAUCAGAAAAACAAGAAUGGAAGAUAUUCUGAAAAAGUUGAUGAGUGAGAAAACGGGAGAUAUCUCGGAUUCUGCUCAAGAAGCUCUGAACAUCUUGGGACGGUUAGGAAGUACGUAA